AUAAAUUGCCAUGAGCGGGGAUGCAGAGGCAGAGAGGACUUCCUACGGCCUCCUUGUUCUUGAGUUCGAGGAGAGGAGAAAGGCGCCAAAUUUAUGCUCUUGUGAUUUCUCUGCGCUAGGGAAGCAUAAAAAUCAAAUUUUGGGGUCGCCAGAGUAGUGCCUGAGCAUGGGAUUUCCGGUCGGAUACACCGACCUGCUUCUUCUGCCGAGAUCUCUCCUCCGCGUGGUCCUACUUCUUGGACACCUACGGCGGCUCCUCCUCCGCGCCUUCGACGCCGUCGGCCUCGGCGACCUCCUUGACGUCGACGAUAUCCCCUUCCUCGAAACCAAUACGGCCGCCCUGAUCCGCCAAUUCCAGCCGUCGGCGGCGAGGAUCCAGGAGGCCCUCCCGGCGGUGCGGUACGGCGAGCUGGGGGAGUUCGAGGAGGAAGGUGGAGGAGGGAGCGGCUGCGUGGUGUGUCUGUGCGAGUUCGAGGCGGAGGCGGAAGUCCGGCGGCUGAAAAGCUGUCGCCAUGUGUUCCAUCGCGUGUGCCUUGACCGGUGGCUGGAGCACGGACCGCAGACGUGCCCGCUCUGUCGGGCUCUGCUGCUUCCAGAGGAGGCGAAGGUGGAGGAGCAAAUGUGGAUUGACGCCGGGCUGUGGGAGCUUUACCUCGAAGACCUCGUUCCUCUCCAGAUUGCUUCGGCAGCGCCGCCGAGUCUGAGGCUUCUCCGGCCAGUUCCCGACCUGUAAUCGAAUCGAAGAAACAACUUUUUUUCCCCCUUAAAAAAAUUGGGACUUUAUAAUUCUCCAUAUUUGUUUUAAAUAAUUAGGAAAAUAAUAUUUAUGAAUUAUCUUACUCUAAAACGAGAAAUUGUUCCAGACCUGUAAUCGAAUCGAAGA